GAUGGCGACUGCAGCUUGGCGUCUGGGUUCGUGUGUUGGGAGCUGGAGACUGCGGCCGUUAGUGCCGCCGCUCUCCGGCCUAAUUUCCCAGAGGGCUCACUCGGUGUUGCCGGUGGAUGAUACGAUCAAUGGGCUGAGUGCAGAACAGAAGCAGCUUCGCCAUACCAUGGUUAAAUUCCUUCAGGAGCACUUGGCCCCCAAGGCCCAGGAGAUUGAUCAAAGCAAUGAAUUCAAGAACCUUCGAGAAUUUUGGAAGCAGCUGGGAACCCUGGGAGUAUUGGGCAUCACAGCCCCUGUUCAGUAUGGCGGCUCAGGCCUGGGCUAUCUGGAUCAUGUGGUGGUAAUGGAAGAGAUAUCCCGAGCUUCUGCAGCUGUAGGACUCAGUUACGGUGCCCACUCCAACCUCUGCAUCAACCAACUUGUGCGCAAUGGGAAUGAGGCCCAGAAGGAGAAGUAUCUCCCCAAGCUGAUCAGCGGUGAGUACAUUGGAGCCCUGGCCAUGAGUGAGCCCAAUGCUGGCUCUGAUGUUGUCUCCAUGAAGCUAAAAGCAGAAAAGAAAGGAGAUCACUACAUCUUGAAUGGCAACAAGUUCUGGAUUACCAAUGGCCCCGAUGCAGAUGUCCUUAUUGUUUAUGCCAAGACAGAUAUGGCUGCUGUGCCAGCUUCUCGUGGCAUCACAGCCUUCAUCGUGGAGAAGGGCAUGCCUGGCUUUAGCACCUCUAAGAAGCUGGACAAGUUGGGGAUGAGGGGCUCUAACACCUGUGAGCUAAUCUUUGAGGACUGCAAGGUUCCUGCUCCCAACAUUCUGGGCCACUUGAGUAAGGGCGUGUACGUGCUGAUGAGUGGGCUGGACCUGGAAAGGCUGGUGCUGGCUGGAGGACCGCUCGGGCUCAUGCAGUCUGUCCUUGACCACACCAUUCCCUACCUACAUGUGAGAGAAGCCUUCGGCCAGAAGAUCGGCCACUUCCAGCUGAUGCAAGGGAAGAUGGCUGACAUGUAUACCCGCCUCAUGGCAUGUCGGCAGUACGUCUACAAUGUUGCCAAGGCCUGUGAUGAGGGCCACUACACCGCCAAGGACUGUGCAGCUGUGAUUCUGUACUCAGCCGAGUGCGCCACGCAGGUAGCUCUGGAUGGCAUCCAGUGUUUCGGUGGCAAUGGCUACAUCAACGACUUUCCCAUGGGUCGCUUUCUGCGAGAUGCCAAGCUGUAUGAGAUAGGGGCUGGGACCAGCGAGGUGCGGCGGCUGGUCAUCGGCAGAGCCUUCAACGCAGACUUCCACUAGCCCCAAGACCCUUCACCACUGUUCCCAGCACCUAGAGGCCUUUCUUUGGAAGUAGAGACCUGGCAGCUCUUGUAUCUUGCCCAAAGCAGUCCCAGCUGCUUACCUGCCCUUUUGCCUCAGCCCUCUGGCCUCUCCAUAACUGAGUUCUCUACAGCAGCUGCCAAGUAUUGUGGGCCUCACAGCUGGGGCUUCCGGUCAACCUUGAAAAGUGCUCAAUGACUCCAAAUGGAUUUGGCAGGAAGCAGGGCUUUCCGGGGACUGUUGGGGCUAGGUUUUGGUGACUCUGCCCUUGCUGUACACCUUCUGAG